UAAGACCCUGCUGGGUGAGUGAACGAAGGAAGGAAUAGCACAGCAGCGUCAGGGUGAUCCCUGAGGGAUAAGGGGCAAGAAUACGAGGCUGGGUGGUGGGAGUAGCUAGAGUCCCAGCUACUCAAGGGGAUGAGGCAGAGGAAGCCUCAGCCUAGGAGAGAAAAAUGAUACGUAGCCAGCCUGUCUGAAUGACAAUGAUGGUGUCAAUCAUAUAAAUAACAAGAGAAGACGGACAGCAGCACCCUGUGGACCGUGCAGAGGAUGAGUUUACUGCAAGAGCUGCAAAGCAAGUGGAGAGCAGUUUCUUGAUUUUCUUGCAGGGUCCUUCUAUGGCCCAGGCUGCUCUCUAGCUCCUGGCUCCAAGUAAGCAAUCUUCCCACCUCGGCCCUAGAGUAGCUUGGAAUAUACGUGGUGCCAGCCACCCCACCCCCGAUUGUUUUUGUUUGAGAUGGGGUCUUACUACGCAGCCCAAGCCAGCCUCCUGAGUGGCAGGAUCACAGGCGAGCACCACCAUGCCCAAAACAGCCAGGGCAGGGGAGAGAAAGCUGGCAAAGGACAUGGAGACUAUCUGGUGCAGGCAGUGAGUCAGGGGGAAGACAGGUGGCAUGAACAAGAGCAGGAACCAGACAGAACUUCACUUAGAGGUUGAUAUGGCUAGGAGGUGGUGGUGCGCACCUUUAAGCCCAGGAAGGCAGGGCAAAUGGAUCUCUGAGUUCAAGGCCAGCCUGGUCUACAGAGUGGGUUCCAGGGUGGCCAGGACUACACAGAGAAGUCCUGUCUCAAAAAAAAAAAAAAAAAAAAAAAAAAGAAUGAAGAUACAAACAAAAACAAAAGGCUGAUCUGAUGGUACCUGAGGCAGUUAGAUAUGGAGGGAUAAAGGCCUUGGAGAUGGGUGUCUGAGCAGCUGGGAUGCAGGUCUGGGGAUGAACAUGUUAAGAGAUAUAACACAAGAGUGAUGUCAUGCGUGAAGACAAGGUCAACCUGGGCUCAAAACCCCAUCAAAAUAAUAAAAAAAAAUUUAAAUGGGGUGGGGGAGUUAUUAAAAAGAGUUUGGGGGGGUCUGGAGAAAUGGCUCAGAGGUUAAGAACACUGGCUGUUCUUCCAGAGGUCCUGAGUUCAAUUCCCAGCAACCACAUAAUAGCUCAUAACCAUCUGUAAUGAGGUCUGGUGUCCUCUUCUGGCAUAGAGGUAUACAUGCAGGAAGAAUAUUGUAUACAUAAUAAAUCUUUAAAAAAAAUUAAAUUAAAAAAAGACAGUUUGGAGUUCGGGUACACAGAGCCUGCAGGAGGUGGCAGAGCAGGGAGGGAGGUCUGCUGGGAAGCGCACAGAUAUUCAGCAAGUCAGAGUCCCACAUCCUUCGGGCCUGCAGCCAAGCUGCCCAGUCCCCCAGGGGAUCCAAGAAACAUGUGACACCAAAGCAGCCACUGGGCCUCCUGGGGAACGGACCCCUUCUGUCACAGCAGCUGCUGCUGCUGUUGCUGGUGACAUUUCACUGGGUCCUGGCUUCAAAGUCUCUGCAGGGACUGGCAAGGUGGGGGGUUGAAGUAUUGAAGCCAGUAUUGAGAGAGCCAGAGUGGGGUAGCCGAGGCUGGAGCAGGCAGCCGAGCCUGUUCGGGAGUCUUCAGCUGAGGUAGCUGAACGUGGGGGACCCAGGAGGAGCUGCAGAAGCUUGGAAGCUCAGGCUUGCAGAGCACUGCUCACCUUCUCCCAGAUGUCCAGCAAGGUGGCCACUGGCAGUGACAUCGGACAGGCCCGCCGGGCAGUGGAGCAGCUGCGGAUGGAGGCAGGCAUCAACCGCAUAAAGGUGAGGGUUGCAGGCGUGCAGUGGGCACAGCUGGGCAAGGGAGCAAGUGCACACCCAGAUGUGCAGAUGUGGCUGACGCGGUUGGUUUGCAGGUCUAAGGCAGCCACAGACCUGCUGCAGUUCUGCACGGAGCAGGCCAAGAGCGACCCCUUCCUUGUGGGCAUCCCCGCUGCCACCAACCCCUUCAAGGAAAAGAAGCCCUGUGCUAUCCUAUGAACCCACGAUAAUGCUCCCCCUAUGACCCUGGAUACCACAGGAAAGCCUCAAUAAACAUGACUGCUCCUGUAUUACAACUUGUGUGUGCUGCUGUGGGAGGCUGAGGGGUACCACAGCUUUUGGGGAUCAGUGCACACCUCUCAGGCUUCCUUCUAUGCCCAUAUCCACAGUCACAGCCAUGCAUACCUGCGUGCCUAGAGCCCUGCAUGAAGAGACCUGCACUGUGGCCCUGUGCCACAUACCUACAGGGUGACGGGGCAGGUAUCUGUCUGCUUCCUCCACACAGACCUAUCCUGGGAAUUUGAGUCAGAGUCUACAUGCCACACAGCCCACACUCACCUCACUAAGCUAUGUCAGACCAAGUGUCCGUGGUGCUCAAGUGCAUACACACAGAGCAGGAGGCACCCCAGCCCUCACAUGCUACCCUUC